UGAGCCACCCACUCCCAUGUCCGGCCACUCCACCUCACCUGAAAUCUCCUCAAAUACGCCACACUAGCCCGCUCCCCUUUUUCGCCAUUACCCCAGGGCUCACAGCUAGCUAGAUCCACCAGCCAUGGCCGGCAGCAAGGCACUGCUCCUCCUCCUGUGCGCGGCGGCGGUGCUGCUGACCCCGGCCUCCGCGGCGGAGGACGGCCUGACCAAGUUCAAGCUGUAUUGGCACGACGUGCUGGCGGGGACGAGCCCGACCGCGAUCCGGAUUGCGCAGGCGGCGUCCAGCAACAGCUCCUCCACCUUCUUCGGCGCGGUGGUGGCCAUCGACGACCCGCUCACCACCGGCCCCGCCGUCACGGGCUCCGCCAAAUCCAAGGACGAGAUCGGCCGCGCGCAGGGGACCUACACGUUCGCCGACCAGGCCACCUUCGGCCUCCUCAUGAACAUGAACUUCGUGUUCACCGCCGGGGACUACAAGGGCAGCGGCCUCACCAUCUACGGCCGCAACGAGGUGCUGUCGGCGGUGAGGGAGAUGAGCAUCAUCGGCGGCACGGGCAAGUUCCGCAUGGCGCGCGGCUACGUCGAGGCGCGCACCAUGGACUCCGGCGCCAAGUCCGGCGAGACCGUCGUCGAGUACACCGUCUACGUCAAGGCGGCGGCGGCGUCGUAGCGGCAGCUGCCAGAGCUUAAUUUAGCUAAUGAUGUUCAGUCCAUGACUAACGGAAAAGAUGGUUUUACUUGUAAUAAAUGGAUUUCGCAGAUUUGCUGCGUUUGUUAUCGUGAUGGAUGAUGGGUGUCUACAGAUUUGAGUGCUGGCUGUGUGUGAUUUGUGGUUUUGCUAA